GAGGUCUCCUCAGCACAGCCAGCUGCAGUUCUCAAGCAGAGGAACCGUAAGGGGCCAGGCAGAGAAAAAAAUGGCUUCCUCCAUGAUGAUCUCCUCCGCUGCCACCGCGGUCAUCAACAGGGCCGCCCCGGCUCCGGCCAACUCAGUCGCCCCCUUCAACGGGCUCAAGUCGACUGCCGCUUUCCCCGGCACCAAGAAGCCCGCCAACGACCUGUCCGCCGUCCCCAGCAACGGUGGCCGCGCCCAGUGCAUGAAGGUAUGGAAUCCCUACAACAACAUCAAGUUCGAGACCCUCUCUUACCUUCCCCCACUCAGCGACGAGCAAUUGGCCAAGGAGGUUGACUACUUGCUCAGGAUGAAGUGGAUUCCCUGCCUCGAGUUCGACAAGAUUGGCAGCGUCUACCGUGAGCACGGCAGCUUGCCCGGGUACUACGAUGGCCGCUACUGGGUCAUGUGGAAGUUGCCCAUGUUCGGUUGCAACGACUCCGCCCAAGUGUUGAGGGAACUGGCUGAGUGCAAGAAGGAGUACCCCAACUGCUUCAUCCGGAUCAUUGGCUUCGACAACGUCCGCCAAGUGCAGUGCAUCAGUUUCAUUGCCUACAAGCCCCCACACCCCAAAUAAGGAAGCAGAGAUGAUGGCCUUCUCUGUCCCUUUCCCUCUCAUAGUGUCCUCUGUUACGUUGUUUGUUUUAGCGUCUUUUCCUUUCAAUAUCUCUUUUUGCCACAGCUCUCCAGCAAUGGUUUGAGAAUGGCUGUGUUUAUUUGAGAACAUAACAACCAAGACUGGCAUUUGGUAUGUGUAUGAGUUAUGAAGAGCUCCGGCUUUAUAUGCAAUUGCUGCUACUCUCCAAUAAUGUUAAAAGACUUCGAAUUUGUGGCA